AUGAUACAUGACCCUCGAAUUGGUCCAAAUACAAAAUGGAUACAAGCUGGUAUUGCUGUAAAUAAAAUUUUUUCUGAUGAUAGUUAUGAUUCUGAUAUACUUCUCGAUCCAUAUGGUAUUGAUGUUGAUGACAAUCAAACAGUCGUCAUUACUGAUUACUCUAAACAUCGUAUCGUUGAAUGGAGUAUUGAUACAACAAAGGAACAACUACUAGCCGGUGGCAGAGGAAAAGGAAAUCAGAAUAAUCAAUUGAAUUAUCCAACGGAUGUAUUUAUAGAUAAAAAAGCUGAUAAAUUAAUUAUUUGUGAUCGAGAAAAUCGACGGAUAAUGAAAUGGCCUCGUCGACAUGGAUUAUAUGGAGAAGUGAUCAUAUCAAUGAUUAAAUGUUACGGCAUAACGAUGGAUGCUAAUGAUUUUAUUUAUGUUUCAGACAUAGAAAAACACGAAGUAAGCCGAUGGCGAAUUGGAGAAACACAAGGAAUUGUAGUAGCAGGUGCAAAUGGACCAGGAUCUCAACUUAAUCAGCUUAAUUCUCCUCAUUAUAUCUUUGUCGAUGGAUAUGAUUCAGUAUACAUAUCAGAUUGGCAUAAUCAUCGUGUGAUGAAAUGGAUCAAAGAUGCGAAAGAAGGCAUUAUCGUUGCAGGUGGUCAUGGUGAAGGAACUACUCUACAUCAUUUAUCAUUUCCAGAGGGAAUCUAUGUUGAUCAUUUAGAAUCAGUUUAUGUUGUUGAUCAUUUGAAUCAUCGAAUCAUGCGAUGGUUAAGAGGAGCGAUUCAAGGCAGUAUUUUAAUUGGGGAACGUCAUCCUGGAUCACAAGCAAAUCAAUUACAUAAUCCCCUGGAUAUUUCAUUUGAUCGAAACAAUAAUCUAUAUGUUGCCGAUUCAAAUAAUCAUCGAGUACAGAAAUUUAACGUUGACGAAAAAACAUUAGAAUAA